ACGAAGCACAAGUAACCAACGUCAGUCGCAUUAAGCCUAGUCGCCCGCAUACAUCGAGACCGCCGCACAAAUCAAUUAGAGCGUGUUUUCAAACGAACGUUCUAAAUUUAAAUUUUCUGUACUUGAUGAUUUUUUAACUAUGGAAUCGGAAAAGGAAAAACUGUUUUUCAUUUCGUUGCUUCUUUGUGUGUUCAUAUCAGGGGGCAAUGCUUGCUUCACUAGCAAUCAAGUCAAAUUUAUUAAGAUUAAAACAGGAAGUUCCUUUUACCGGGAAUGUACAUGUGACGAUCCAAGUUCGGAAGUAAACUUGAUGUGGCUAGAUGUAAACAACAAUACAAUACUGCCGUUGGGACCAGGUACAAAAUCGAAUGUAUAUUCUGAGUGGCUGAACAAGCGCACCUACAGCCUGUUUAUAUCAAAUAUUGACAAAAUAAUAUCUGGUGCUUACAAAUGUGUGACUGAGAAUCAUGGACGACAGUAUACGUUAACAUACAACGUGGAAGCAUAUGAUCCACCAUAUUUCGUAAAUACGAAAGAAAACCAAUAUGUGGUUAGUGGAACAGAUGGCAUUAUAACUUGUGAAGCGAGAGGCGAAGGCGAUUUAUUGAUAAGUUGGCAUAAAGAAGGUGAAGGACUUGAGAUAACAGAUGAUGAAAAAUACAAAGUGACUUCAGAAGGACUGAUCAUAAAAGAUAUAAAGAAAGAAGACGAAGGUGUAUACAAAUGCGCAGCGUCGGAUUUAGAGGCCGGCGAAGGUAUAGACCGGGAUAUAAAACUUGAGGUUACAUCAGUUCCAUCAAUAGAAGAACUAGUAGCCUUUCCCAGUACUACACCUAUAGUUGGCGGAAGCUUUUUCAUUGAAUGCUUGGCUUCUGGUGCACCUCAUCCAGAAUAUACGUUUCAUAAAAUAUCAGAUAUGGAUUUGGCAGAAACUAACAUAACUUGGCAACAAGUUGGCAACAGGAUGAUUUUUGAUGUAGUACAAGAAGAAGAUAGUGGUACAUAUCAAUGCAAUGCUACAAACAGAGCUGGAAUUUCUUCCAAGAACAUUAGUAUUGAGGUUUUUGUACCACCAGUAAUAACCGAAUUUGAUAAUGUAACCGCAGUGGAGGGAUCAACGAUACAAAUAGUUUGUAAGGCAACGGGACGUCCGGCUCCGCAGAUAAAUGUUACAUUUUUACACGAAGAUUCUGAAGAUCAAAGCAUUGUAUGGGAGAAGAGAAAUCCUAGCGCAAACGAAACAGAAUUGUACUUAUCUUUUUUAAGAGUAAAUCGAACGCACGGAGGAGUUUAUCAGUGCAUUGCGACUAAUGAAGUUGAUUCGAGUGUGGAAGAAAUGCAUUUUUUUGUCCUUUACCAACCUUAUUUCAAUAGUUCGUAUGAGAAAGUUUGGGCGUGGAAGGACAAGAGUGUAAACUUGAGCUGCGCACAUCAAAGUAACCCGAAAGCUGAAAUUACUUGGAGAUAUCAAGGUAAUGAAAUAGUAGCUGAAGAUCUACUAGAAAUAAAUAGAAUAAUGGCUGACAAAAUGCAUAAUGAUCCACUUAUUAUUAAAAACAAGCUUUUGUACGGUGUUUAUGAAUGCACGGCCAAGAACGAGUUUGGUGAAGCGAAGAAAAUAAUACGUUUGCAAGAAGGAUUUGUACCACCUGCUAUUAAUAAUGUAACAAUCACAAAAAUAACAUCUCAUUCCGUUACAUUUUCCAUCGAAGGUCCGAACGAAGUAAACGGACCCGAAGUAAUUGGAUACCAAUCGGAGUACGAUGAAACUAACAAUUAUAAUGUGACGAACAUACAUUUCAAUAGAACUUGGUCUAUAGAUAGACAGUUUGUAUUAGAUAGACUGAAACCUAACACAAGCUACGUUAUAAAGUUUGCAGCUCUCAACGAUGUUGGAAUUGGACCCUGGAGUGAUAUGUUUAAUUUCGUUACACUCGUAAGUUCGCUGCCAGACGAGCCGGUUUGGGACGAAAAUGUCGAACAACUUGUCGCUAGUGACAGAGUGUUGAAGUGGAAACCUGCAGAUAGCGAGGAAUCUGUCCAAUUUUAUUCUGUGAAAUAUUGUCCGAUCUACGAUGGCUUGAUUGCAAGCAGCCUCUGCGAAGAGGAACAAAUUGAACGAACUGAUGAAUUCCAACUGAACAAAAUUGAUGCUAAUACAACGUAUUAUUUCGAACUUGUAGCGCACAACGCGCUCGGGAAUUCCUCUACUGCUCACAUUAUAGUAACGAUCCCAGCUGAAAAAGAACCCACGCUAUCAUCGGGUGCAAUAGCAGGCAUUGCAAUAUCAAUAAUAUUCCUUUGUCUAGUUCUACUAGAUGUCAUAUUAUUGAUAUGCCGAAAGAAAGGAAUCAUAGCUAUCUGCUGUUAUAAGAAGACUAACAAAAGAGAAGUCAGCAUAAAUUCCAGAGACAAAAAAAAUCUCCUGAAAGAUAACCCUGAAAAUAAUGAUAAGUUACAGCGACCGAACAACGGGCACAGAGAGUAUGAAUACAACAAAACUACCGGAGUUAUAACCGGGAAACAUUCCUCUGUAUAGAAUAGUAAUAAAUUUAAUAUAAAGCCUGUUUCUCCGGUUGUGGAUAAAUUUUAUCCUGAACAUAAGUUACGAAUAGCAAGUUAAGAAACUACAACUUUUAGAUUUACAAUUGCAAGUAGAAAUAUGCCAUAAAUAUAGUAGAAUUUAAUGGUGAAAGAUAAUAAUAUACUGAAAAUUUGUAUCUGUUGGAUACCGUUAUCAGUCUAAUAGCGUUAUCCACAAUCAAUGAAACAGGCCCACAGUAUAAGAACCAGAGUGGUCUAUAUUAAAAAAGAAAACGUGAUCUUAAAUGUUUCAAUAUAAUGUAAAUAUUUAACGAGAUUCUCCUUUUUCAAACUGUUUGAUGUAUUAUUUGUUAUUAUGAUGCAUGGUUUUCAUCUAAUUUUAUUUUCGCUUGAAGCAGUAAACAGCAUUCAAGUAUCCAAUCUCACAAA